CCAUUGUGUCAAACCAAGUCCCAAACGGAAAUCCACCCUGAUCUUCAAGAAGAUCUAAUCACAACCCUUUUGAACUUGUCGAUUAAUGAUAGUAAUAAAAAGCUUGUUGCAGAGACGCCAAUGGUUAUCCCUCUGUUACUAGAUGCAUUAAGAUUUGGGACAAUUGAAACUAGAACAAAUGCCGCUGCAACCCUUUUCACUUUAUCAGCUCUUGAUUCUAAUAAAUCCCUAAUUGGGAAAUCCGGUGGUUUGAAACCGUUGAUUGAUCUUUUGGAAGAGGGACGUCCAUUGGCAAUGAAAGAUGUUGCUUCCGCUAUCUUUAACCUGUGUAUUCAACACGAAAAUAAAGCUAGAGCUGUGAGGGAUGGUGCUGUAAGAGUGCUUUUGAAUAAAAUUAAGAAUAGAGUUCAUGUCGGCGAGUUACUGCCGAUUCUUUCCAUGCUUUCCAGCAACCAGAAAGCUGUUGAGGAAAUGGGAGAUCUUGGGGUUGUUUCUUGUUUGCUGACUUUAAUAAAAGAAACAAAUUGUGCCCGAAAUAAGAAGACUAGACUGAAAAAGAGGAUGGAGAAGAAUAUGGUGGUGGAGGUAGUUGCAGGAGGUGAUGCUGUUAGAGUCCUCUUAGGGCAUGUGUAG